CCGCUCCCGCCGCUGCCCUCGCCGGCGCCGCCGCUGCCGAAGGCCCCCGGGCUGCCCUAGCCGCCUGUCUCGACAGAGCGUUCCGCGCCCGCCGCCAGCGCCGCGCCCGCUGGAGAAGCGCCGGGUGGGCGCGGGGCCGGGUCGGGGCCGGUUCCGGAGCGUCCCGGGGGCCGCGGGGCAGCGCGGGGCGGCGGGGCCGGUUCCGUCGGGCGCGGCCGGGGCAGCCCGGGGGCCUUGCGCGGUGCCGGCGCGCCGGCGGCGCUGUCGCGACAGAGCGCGGGCCCGGCUCCGUCACCGGCGGCGCUGUCGCGACAGAGGCGCGGCCGCGGGGCCGGCGCCGUGCCGGGGCCUGGGGCUUCGCACACGGGAGAGGGUCCCGGCUGCCACCCGCGGGCGCGGCCCUGGGCUGCCGCAGCGGGGGCACAGGGCGGGUCUGUCGCGAUAAGGUCGGGGCUGCCGUGCCACAGGCGCGUCCUCCAGGCAGGGCUGUUCGACAGGAGGGUCCCUGUGCCCCCAGGCCGGCCCCGUCCCCACGUCUCCCGGGGAUGGAGCCGGCCGGGGCGCUCCCGGUGCUGCAGCGGGAGCUGCGGGCGGCGCUGGCCGAGGACGAGCGGCGGCAGCGGGAGGGCGAGGCCAAGCUGCGGGCGCUGCGCCAGGGCGUCCCCGACUACGGGCAGUUCAGGGAGAUUGUGCUGGCUUCUCACCUGAAGCCUCUGGAGAAGAAGGACAGGCUGGGACAGAGGAGGAACGUGCUGUGGAAUCCCUGUGCAGCCCCAGCUGAGGCAGCGCCUGCCUGCGCUGUGGAGAUCCCACAGGAGCUGGAUCAGCUGCCUGGCACCGCGGCGGAAUUUCACCGACACUGGCGCAGAUGCUUGAAAAGUGGGACAGAGAAAUACCAGCUGCUGCUGGAGCUCGGAGGGGAGGCCCUGGGCAGGAUCUUCCAGGCUGAUGUGGGCUUUGGCCUGCUGGGGGAGUUCCUGGCAGUGCUGGCAGAGAACAUCCAUCCUGGAGACAGAGCUGCCGUCCUGCAGAUCCUGCAGAGCCUGGCGGGCACCAAGCGCUUCGGGCUCAACGUGGCUCUCCUGAGCCAGGCGGAGAAGCAGAGCAGCCAGGAGUUGUUCAGGAAGCUGCAGGGCAGGGAUUGGCAGGCUGCUGGCCAGCCUGGCUGCCUGGGCAGCUGCGAGGCAGGGAGGGAAGCCCAUCCCAUGGAGACCCACCUGGAAAAGGGAGCUGAGGAGGAGAGGACGGUGGUGGAGCUGAUGAAGUGUUACCAGGUCAGCUGAGGGAGCAGGAGCACCAGGGUUGAGCAGAAACCUCAGAGCUGGACUUUGGCAUCAGCCAGGGCAGAAGUUGUGCACAAUAAAGUUUAACUCCCA